GAGAAGGCUUGCAAAUGGUACUCAUAUCGUGAGCGAAGAAUCCGGAUACGCCUCGCCAGAACCAAACCACUACCAGCACCCAAGCAGUGAAAUCACUGGAACCUCGAAAAAACAGAUCAGCAGACGAUUUGCCAGAUGGCGCCAAAAAAGAAACGUGUGCUCCAUGAAACUCCAGCGAGGAAUACGCGCUUCUAUUGUACGCGCCGCGUUCCUUUUCCACGGACUGGCUGCGAUAUUUUGCGUAGUUUAUACGUCACAGAACUCCUAUUACUGGUUCCUUGCAAUAGGUUUCGUCUUUCUUGCCAUGGAGAUGGUUCUAACGUAUUCUUUCAAUGAUGACGGAGAAUGGAAAUGGUUCGUUCCGUCUUCACUCAUUUACAUGGCUGUAGUGGUGCCGGUGGUGUGGUUCAUGGAAUUGGGCUCUUUAAAACUUCGUCUGGAAGUCAAAGAGCGUCUCGGACUCGGUAUUGGCUGUCCAACCAGCAUCUCAUCAAGAGAGAUCAGUGGGUUUCUAUGCCUUAAUAACGAUUCUUCAUCAGCUGCCGACGUUGUCUCACCCCUCGACGAGCAAGUAUACGGCAUGCAGCAACUCUUCUCAACAACGUUGCAACAAACUCUUAUGUUGAUUCUCAUUGUUGGCCGCUGGAUGAUGCCUCGCGGGCAACUAACACGUGAUCAGCUCUCUCAGCUCCUAUUGGUCUACAUCGGUAUGGCCGCCGACAUGUUGGAAUUUUCAUUGGAGACAUUGAAACUCGACGCCAUCGCUUGCCACCCGGAUAUGUUUUACGUCAUCCUUGGAAUCUGGUCAUGGAGUCUUCUGCAGUUCACGCUUGGCCUGACCGCCACCAAGGCUAGGAAACGUCGCGUCUUCGGAAAGGUGUCAAAACCUGACGAUGACGUCAAGAUGCGGUUAAAGUUGCAACAGACGGCGAUGAACAUCUUCUGCUGCGGCACGGAGACGUGGGCGCUAAUGACCAGCGUCAUACUCCAAGACGGCCCUUAUCUUUUCAUCCGACUUUAUCUCAUCAUCAAGUUUCGCAUUUUCGACCAGUCUAUGAUCUUCUUUACUUGUAAAAACGCCCUGCUGCUCUUGCUUCAGUUUUAUAGGCUUUUCGUCAUCAUCUCGGAGACGAAGAAAGCCCAUGCGAUUUCGAUGAGGAGACGGCAAUCGAUGCCCAUGGACAUGCGAUCACAUGAUCUCUAUGGUCGUCGACCACGGAAUGGUAGCGUUUUCUCUAUCCAGCCAAUACCAACAGCAAAUGGAAAUCAUGGCAACGGUGACGUUGGAGUCCGGUAAAUCCGAAUCGAAAUGCAAUAA